AUGCUGAAAGAUCCAAACAUCCUUGCAAAGCUCAAAAGGUAUAAUGAUGUUAGUAUAGAAAUAGACAACCGUGCAAGAGCAUUGGACUCAUUGAUGAGUAAGUUGAAUUUAGACAUAAUUGAUGAGUUCAAGUCGUAUAUUGAGCCAAAGAAAGGCAUUGACAAACUUUUGAUGUUUUACAACAUGUUUAUGCAAUCUAAAGCAGUGAUCAAUCAAGAGAAAAGCAGCCUAGAAGAGCAGUUUGGGGGAAUGAACAAUGCUUCGUUUACAUGCAAGCUUGAAACGCUUAAAGAAAAUGAUGUGAUGGGAUCAAUACAGAGGCUGAUGGAUGUACGCCAAAACCUGGUGGAAUACAAUGGAGUUAUAGUAGUGGAAGUGGAAGUGAUUAGUUUGGAUGAAAUCAUUAAGGGAGCUAUUGGUGUAGUUGAGGAAUCGUUUUUUGCUUCUCUUUCAAAGAUCCCAAAGCUGGAACCUGAAAUACAAGAAUUUGCGGUAUUUCUGCUUGCACAUGUCGAUAGAAAACGGACUAUAAGCAGGUAUACAGACAUGAUGUACUCGAAGUUUGGUUUUGAUGGUGUUGGAUCAGACAACAAUAUGCUAUUAGAACGAACAAGUAGGUUGAGCCAUACACUAUUGGAGAUUGCAGACAUCAACGACAGUGUAAUUGGAAAAGAGCAUCCGGAGGUAACGAUUGGAUUGCAGAAGAUGCUUGUGAUUGGAUUGAGAAGAGAGAUUAUAGACAACCUGAUGAGGAUGGAGAAGGAAGAAGGGAUAAGUAGCAUUCCGUUUCUUGUGGAGUUGAAUUCGAAACUCAGGCACUCUGGAAACAGAAGGACUAGAGCAAUGGAAGAACUUUUUGUGUUUAAGGAUAGAAUAAAUCAGGUUAUCUGUAAUUGCAUGUCUAGGUAUUUUGAAGACCUGGAUAUGGUAAUGAAUGCAAACAGUAAGUGUGAUGCAGAAAGUUUGUGUGUGGACAUGAGAAGUAUAUUGGAUUCUUUUUAUGACCAUAAGGACAUACUAGAAGUGUUUGUGAAAACAUAUGGAAUGAGUUUUGGGCUUACAGAGCCACAGGACAUGUUCCAGGUAUUCAGUGGAAAAUCUAUGGAGAAGAUUCUACUUCUUGCUGAGACACUGAAAGGAAUAUCUAAGAGUGUGUAUGUGCUGAACAAUGCACAUGUAUUUGAUGGACACCUGAAGCAUGUUGACAAUAUUUCAAUAGAACAGAUAGUCAGCAUCAACAUCGAUGACAUUGUAAAUGUGUGGAAGCAUGAACUUGAAAAAAGAAGUGAAGAAGACAUAACAGUAUUUCUUGAUAAGAACAUUGAGAGUCAAAACAGGCACUUUGUACCUGAAGCAUACAGAACAAAUAUUGUGGAGCAAAUAGAUACCAUAGUUAAUAAAGCACUGAGCACAAAGAAAUACAUGGGAAACACCACAAAAUUGUAUCAUCAAAUCAAAAAACUAUAUUCACAACCUCAUACAUAA